AAUCAAUGAACGGAUUAACCAGACAAUGCAAAGCUUAUGAAAGCUUCCUUCUUUUUCUUCCUUUGCUUUAAUUAGCUUUGUUUAUACAUAGAGAGAGUGAGCUUGACGUGAAUCGCUUUUACUUCUUCCAUUGGUCCCCUUCUCUUCCCUAAAUAUAAAACCCAUCUCAGCUUCCAUUUUCUUCAUGUACUCCCAUUUCAAUGGCGAAAUCAGGGAGUUCUCUGGUUUUUCUCUUCUUCUUCUUCUUCGCUUCUCCAUUGGUAUGCUGUAGGAGCAUACCACAUAGCUCAAGGACCACAGUACUUCAUGUCGCUUCUUCCAUUCAGAACACCCAGAAAUUUUUCUCCAAUACCCCACGAGCUUCGCUGAACCAGCAGCAACUGAGGUCUUCUCCUUCGUCUUCCCUCACUCUGCAACUUCAUUCUCGAGCUUCACUUCAUAAACUUUCGCAUGGGGAUUACAAAUCUCUCACUCUAGCUCGACUCGAGCGCGAUUCAGCCAGAGUCAGAUCGUUAAUAACCCGGUUAGAUCUGGCCUUGAAACGCGUUACUCCGUCAGAUCUUCACCCUGCUGGUAGCGACAAGUUCAAAUUUGGAGUAGAGGAAAUGCAAAGUCCCAUUAUCUCUGGAACGAGUCAAGGAAGCGGCGAGUACUUCACCCGAGUCGGAAUCGGCAAACCACCGAGUCAAGCAUACAUGGUGCUCGACACCGGCAGCGACGUCAGCUGGAUUCAGUGCGCGCCGUGCGCCGAUUGCUAUCAACAAGUCGACCCUAUCUUCAACCCGGCUUCAUCGGCUUCCUACUCAACGCUCUCCUGUGAGAGCCCUCGAUGCAAAUCGCUGGAUUUAUCAGAAUGCCGCAAUAAUACUUGCCUCUACGAGGUUUCCUACGGCGACGGAUCCUACACCGUCGGCGACUUCGUGACGGAGACUAUAACCAUCGGCUCUGCAUUGGUUAGAGACAUUGCCAUUGGCUGCGGCCAUAAUAACGAGGGCUUGUUUGUCGGCGCUGCCGGCUUGCUCGGUCUCGGUGGCGGCUCGCUGUCUUUCCCGUCUCAGCUCAAUGCAACGUACUUCUCUUACUGCCUCGUAGACCGCGACUCGGAUUCGGCUUCCACUCUCGAGUUUGACUCGCCGUUGCCUCCUAACGCCGUUACGGCUCCAAUGCACCGUAACAGGGAACUCGACACUUUCUACUAUCUCGGUCUAACUGGAAUCAGCGUCGGAGGUGAGAUGCUUCAGAUUCCCGAGUCGAGCUUUCUGGUAGACGCCACCGGGAAUGGCGGCAUCAUCGUAGAUUCCGGCACGGCGGUGACGCGGUUGCAGACUGACGUGUACAAGUCGCUCCGGGACGCGUUCGUGAAGGGGACGCGCGGAUUGCCGCCAGCGAAGGGCGUGGCGCUGUUUGACACGUGUUACGACCUGUCUUCCAAGACCAGCGUGGAGGUCCCGACGGUGUCGUUUCACUUCCCGGAGGGGAAGGAGUUACCGUUACCGGCUAAGAACUACCUGAUACCGGUUGACUCAAACGGCACGUUUUGCUUGGCGUUCGCGCCUACUACUUCGGCGCUAUCAAUCAUAGGCAACGUUCAACAGCAAGGGACACGUGUCGGUUUCGACCUCAAGAACUCCUUCGUUGGAUUCUCUGCCAACAGCUGCUAGUAAGGGGCUUUUUGUUUUGGCCGAUAACAGUGACAUUUAACCUCCGGUUACUGUUUUACGCCCUUAAAAGUGGAGCUUUCUCUGUUUGCGUGAGUGUGGGUGGGUCCCAUUGGGAUAAGGUUGUAAUGCGGUGGGACCCGCUGAAUGGCUUGACGUUUGUUGACUUGAGAUUUGAUAUAACCAUAACAGCAAUUGUAAGAA